AUGUAUUCUCGCAUGGAAUAUCUCCACAAAUGCUUCAACAAGUCCACCGGUUGGAACACAGACAACAUCUUUGAUAACAUCCUAGCGACAUCCGAUGCCCUUCUCGACUUCCAGGUCCCCAACGGUGGCCGGUUGGAAAUCUCGUCGCAGGCCACACCCUACCUGGCUUCGUCGGUGACGCUCAGCAACCGUCUGGCGGUCACUGGACUGUUGGCGUACCUCUACCUGAGUGUUCCCAUCAAGAAUGCAAUUGGAACAAAGGAUAUCCUGUUGCAGGAUGCAAUUGCUGGUUUCAGGAUCAUUCGUCCGAAUCUGCUGCCCGAGAGCGGCUCGCGCUCGUCGAAAGUGUCUCCAAAAGGCUCACUAAUGUAUGGCAAGAUGUUUUUUCCGGGCUCCGCCUUGGAGGCCAUGUUUAUCCGUAGAAUCUCUCCCAACUUACAGCUUCUCGUUAAAUGUAUCAACAAUGCUCAUAUAUAUAAGAGCGGGACCAUGAUAGUGUACCUUCAGGAGAACACUCCUCGGUUUUCCAGAGAAUAUAUCUACUCAACGAACGAGGCGCUUAUUGGCUUCCGCUGCCUCUACAACUUCGGAGAACAAACCGGUCUUCCGGCCACACCAGUGAUUCCCAAGUUCGAUAAUUCAGUCGUUUCGGUUGGCGCAGAGCUUUGGUAUGCAGCCCAAUCUAUGAGCCCCGGAUUGUCAACUGCCCUACGCUACUCCACCAGAUCUACGUCUACAGGGAAACCAUUGACAAUGACUUUAAGCUGUAAUCCAAUUUUGGGCCAUAUCUCGCUGACAUACAAUGUCAAGACGUCUGUAUCCUCGACGGUGUGUUCAAAGUAUGACUUCAAUUGGUUUCUGUACGCCAGCAAUCUCUCUAUGGGCGUGGAGCUCUAUAAUUUCUCUAAAAAAUCGCCAUUCUUCUCGAGCACGCAAAACAGGAGUCUGACCUCGAUCCAUUACGACACAUUGGCGCCAACAGCAGAUCCUGAGAUUCUAGCUCACUCCGUGACCAAUAAUGCCCAGUCGUUCCCAACCACUAACAGUACAGUAGCCCUGUCUGAGUCAAUAUUCCUGCGGCCCGGUAGCAGCAGAAUCAGCGACAUCAACAGCCAGGAGGUGGUGAACGCUUUCCAGAAUCUCGUCAAGGAAAGCAAUUUCUCAAGCGUACUCAAAGCAUCUACUAGUCUCAACGACCGGAUGGUAAAAAUUUUGUGGGUCGGCCGGUACAAAGAUUUUCUUGUCUCCACAGGUGUGAAACUACAGUUUGACAGUGCCACAGCCGUUCCAGAUGUCGGCCGGUUUGGUGUUUCUCUAGCCUACGGAUGCUAA